AUGGCCCUCACAUUACUCGUCAACGCGAUCCUGCUCGCCAUUCCAUUAGGAGGCUCUGUGGGCACCCUGGUCGGUAUCGACCGUCACCUCGCGGCAACCGGCCAAAAACCACUCUUCAGUAGCGACGGGUCCUCGGACGGAACUGGUGACAGUUCAGGAGGCAGCACGGGCGGUGGCUCCGGAGGCAGUGGCAGCAUCACCAAUAACGGCGUCACCAACGAACAAUACUGUGAAUCAUCCUGGGGUAUCUCUCCGCCAUCAGAUGGAGAGCAAUACACACUCAAUCCUAACCAGUGGGGCGUGACCGACUCGACAACUGGUGCAUUGUGUAUGAAUGUCACUACCUUCCAAAAUGAGACCUAUGCGACCAAGACUACAGCACCGGACUGGUCAGUGACCUGGCAAUUUGAUCCCGGUCCCGAGACUCAACCCGUCCAUGCAUUCCCCAAUAUCCAAAUCGAAGAUGUCCUGCCUAUGGCGCUUGAUCAGAUGGAGGAGAUCGCCUUUGAUCUCCACUGGACCUACGGCCUAGGCGAUACCGUUGCGGCAUCCACCGACGUAACCACCCUCGACAGUGAAUCACUCCAAUGCAAUGUCGCCGUCGAUAUGUUCUUUGACACCGACAAGACCACCGCCAAGAACAGUACCGGUGCUGCAUUCGAGGUCAUGGUGUGGUUUGCACGAUUUGGCAGUUCGACUGAUCCUAUCGGUCAUUCGGCGGGUGUAGUUACAAACCAUACCAUCAAUGGCACUAUAUUCGAGCUUUACAGUGGCACAAAUUCCAACAACCAGAAUGUCCUAACAUGGAUUGCCUCGGAGGUGACGGAGGAAUUUGAGGGUGAUAUCUACCCAUUAAUCACCGAUCUCUACACUUUGUCAGGGAUCAAUUAUCCCUCCAAAGCAGACUACAUGGGCAUCCUCCAAUUUGGCACGGAAACAUUUUCUGCGAACAGCAACGUUACAUUUGGCGUUUCAGCGUUGUCCAUCGACAUUAAGAAGUCAUGA